AGGCAUUUCUCAGGCAGCCAGUUCAAAAGUUCUGCUCACCUGCUCUGGUUGGAGGAGGAGGAAGAGGAGGAGAACGACACGGCCACCCUCCUCUUCCUUGGAAGGCCAGAGAAAGCCGGACGCAAAGACCAGCCUGGAUCUGCCUCAGGAAGUGAUGCUCUGGCUUUAGCGCCCCGUCGCCACGAUGAUGUCCGGGCUGCCGGAGGCCCUGAGCCGGCUGAGGGCGAAUUCUCUGCGCAGCUGCUUCAGCCUGGCGGGGCCCUCGGAGUCCACCAUGGUGGCCGUUCCCAUCGACAUCGACAAGGACGAAGUCCGGAUUCUCAAGGUCUGCUUCCACAGCAACAGCUUCAACAUGGGCAAGAACUUCAAGCUGGUGAAGUGCACCGUCAUGACGGAGAUCCGGGAAGUGAUCAAAUCCAUCCUGCAAAGCGGAAGGAUCGGUCCAGACAUCCAGCUGGCGGAAUGCUACGGUUUGCGCCUGAAGCACGUGAAGUCGGACGAGAUCCACUGGCUCCACCCGGACCUGACGGUGGGCGAAGUCCAGGACAAGUACGAGUGCUUGCACAUCGAGGCCGAGUGGAGGUAUGACCUCCAGAUCCGCUACCUCCCCGAAGACUACGUAGAGCGCUUCCAAGAGGACCGGACAACGCUUCUCUACUUCUACCAGCAGCUCCGGAGUGAAUACAUGCAGCUUUAUGCUAGCAAAGUCAGCGAGGGGAUGGCCCUUCAGCUAGGCUGCCUGGAGCUCAGGAGGUUCUACAAGGACAUGCCUCACAACGCUCUGGACAAGAAGUCCAACUUUGAGUUCCUGGAGAAGGAAGUGGGGCUGGACCUCUUCUUUCCACCGCAGAUGCAGGAGAAUUUGAAGCCCAAGCAGUUCCGCAAGAUGAUCCAGCAGACCUUCCAGCAGUACGCGCUCCUGCGGGAGGAGGAGUGUAUCAUGAAGUUCCUGGGCACCCUCUCCACCUUCGCCAACAUCGACCAGGAAAGCUACCGUUGCGAGUUGAUUCAAGGAUGGAACAUCACUGUAGACCUGGUGAUCGGACCCAAAGGCAUCCGGCAGAUGACGAAUAAAGAAGCAAAGCCCACCUGCCUGGCUGAGUUCAAGCAGAUCAAGUCCAUCAAGUGCACAGCCGUGGAGGAAGGGAGGGCUCUCCUGCAGCUGGGCCUCACUGGGAACCCCCAGUCCUUGACGAUUAAGACAUCCUCCUUGGCCGAGGCGGAGAACAUGGCCGACCUGAUUGACGGCUACUGCAGGCUGCUGGGAGGCUUGGACACCUCCCUCAUCGUCCGUCCCAACCGAGAGAACGACAAGAGAAUCAGCCUGCCCCAGGUCCCGAUCCAGCACCUAGAGGAGAGGCGUUCCACGCUGCGAGAGAGCUUCAGCGGAGAUUCUGACAUUUAUGCUGAGAUUCCAGAUGAAGCAUCCAGACCCAAAUCUGGAGCUCAACAGUACGUCAUCUCUCAGGAAGACAUCGUUCUGGGCCGGAUUCUGGGAGAAGGCUUCUUCGGGGAGGUCUGCGAGGGCGUUUACACCAAUGAGAGCGGGGAGCGGAUCAGCGUGGCGGUGAAGACCUGCAAGAAGGACUGCACGGCUGAGAACAAGGAGAAGUUCAUGAGCGAAGCGAUGCUGAUGAAGAAGAUGGACCACCCCCACAUCGUGAAGCUCAUUGGCAUCACGGAGGAGGAGCCCACCUGGAUUGUCAUGGAACUCUAUCCUUACGGCGAGCUGGGACAGUACCUCGAGCAGAACAAGGCGUCCCUGAAGGUGUUGACGCUCAUCCUGUACACCUUGCAGAUUGGCAAGGCCAUGGCCUACCUGGAGGCGAUCAGCUGUGUGCACAGGGACAUCGCAGCCCGGAAUGUGCUGGUAGCUUCCCCCGAGUGCGUCAAGCUGGGCGAUUUUGGUCUCUCCAGGUACAUUGAGGAGGACGAAUAUUACAAAGCGUCCGUGACCCGCCUGCCCAUCAAGUGGAUGGCGCCCGAGUCAAUCAACUUCCGCCGCUUCACCUCGGCCAGCGACGUGUGGAUGUUUGCCGUCUGUAUGUGGGAAGUCCUCAGUUUCGGCAAACAGCCCUUCUUCUGGCUGGAGAACAAGGACGUGAUUGGGGUGUUGGAGAAAGGGGACCGCCUGCCCAAGCCGGACGCCUGCCCCCCCAUCCUCUACGCCCUCAUGACGCGCUGCUGGGAUUACGACCCCAACGACAGGCCCAAGUUCAAGGAGCUGGUCUGCAGCUUGAGUGACGUUUACCAGCUGGAGAAAGAGAUUGCCCGGGAGCAAGAGAGGAACAACCGUCACCGGCCCCCCAAAAUCAUGGAGCCCACCUCCUUCCAAGAACCGCCGCCAAAGCCUAGCCGGCCGAAGUACAAGCCGCCCGCUCAGACCAACCUGCUGGCCCCCAAGCUGCAGUUCCAGGUACCCGAGGGUCUGUGUGCCAGCUCGCCAACGCUCACCAGCCCCAUCGAGUACCCGUCGCCCGUCAACUCCCUUCACACCCCGCCGCUCAACAGGCACAACGUCUUCAAGCGUCACAGCAUGAGGGAGGAGGACUUCCUUCGGCCCAGCAGCCGGGAAGAAGCCCAGAAGCUGUGGGAGAUGGAACGGGCCAAGAUGAGGCAGGUUCUCGACAAGCAGCAGAAGCAGAUGGCGGAAGAUUAUCAAUGGCUGCGGCAGGAGGAGAAAGCUCUGGACCCCAUGGCCUCUGGGAAGAGCAACUUCUCCCCCCCAAAACUCCCUGAGAAGGAGUCUGGUUACAAUGGCUUAGCUGAGUUUACCGGACCACCCAAGAAGCCACCUAGAUUUGUGCCUCAGAUGUCGCUUCAGCCGACGCCCACGGCCAACCUGGACCGGACGGAUGACGCCGUGUACAGUAACGUCAUGGAGCUGGUGAAGGCGGUCUUGAAGCUGAAGAACGAAGUCAGCAACCACCCCCCAGAGCGCUACAUCCUGGUUGUGAAGGACGUGGGCCUCUCUCUCCGGAAGCUGAUCGGCAGCGUGGACGACAUCCUCCCAGCUCUGCCUGCGUCUUCACGCACUGAGAUCGAGGGGACCCAGAGGCUCCUGAACAAGGACCUGGCCGAGCUGAUCAACAAGAUGCGCUUGGCCCAGCAGAACGUCAUGACCUCGCUGAGCGAGGAGUGCAAGCGGCAGAUGCUGACGGCCUCCCACACGCUGGCCGUGGACGCCAAGAACCUCCUGGACGCCGUGGACCAAGCCAAGGUACGAGCCAAGCUGGUGAAGGUCUCUUUCGAGUGACCCAGAGGGCUGGAGGGCGGGGGAUAGAAGCCCCCUCCAGCUUCCACAUCCCGCAUCCUGCCCCCCCACCCCCUGCCACAAAACGCUCGUGUCUUCGGUUUCGUCACGUUUGUCUUCUGAGAACAAAGGAGGAGACUCCGGAGAGAAGCUAUGCUCAGGACGGGGAAGCGAUUCUUCUCCCUCGUUCCGGCAGAGAACGCUGCUAAGAGGCCCUCCAUGCCCGUAGCAGGAGCCCAGUCCUACGCCGGGGAUACUUCAGACCAGUCGGUGGGCCCUGCACCUGCGCCGGUCGUCCCGUCACAGAACGUGGCUUCCUGUCGACAUUCCGUUUCCGUGGACGGUCCCUCUGGAAUCAAGUGGCAGAGUCCAUCUCAUUGGGGAGGGGGGGGGAUCAAAGACAGGGAUGGGGGUGCGUGGACCCCCACAUUGUUCUCAGGAUAAGCCAGGGAAUGGCAAGUAAGAGGGCUUCUUGGCUGCUGUGAAGGUGACAGAGGCCUAGUACUGGGAGAGUGUGUUCGCUAGGACACUCUGCGUCGCUUGGACGGAAGACAUCCCACGGGGAUGCAGGGUCCUCAGAAGAGACUUGUUUGCGUCUUUGUACAUUGUAUAGAAGCAUUUAUUUAACGCCCACGUCUGAACGGUGUGUGCAGCGCCCCCUCCUCCCCUACCCCCCCAAACCCCUACUUCUCUACUACCCAAUUUUUUUCUGAAUUUGGGAUGAAGCUUGAACCGGUCCGGAAAAUAGCCCCCUCUGUGAAUGAAGCAGAUCGAAAGUGAAUAUAUCCAGCUUCUAAAGGGGCAGCCGGCCCCUGGCCCGCGGCAGCAGAAACAACCAAGAGUCUUACGGGAGCUUAAAAGCUAACGGGUUUAUGAUGGCAUCUGCUUUCGUGGCCUGGAGUCCUUGAAGCCAUCAUAAUAUCUGCUAGUUUGAAAGCUGCCGAAAGACCCAUGUGGGUGGGGUUUUUUUUUACAUUUAAAGCUGCAGUUCCGCAUACACAUGACCCAGGAAGGGGGGGUGCACAGCCCCCCCUCAUUCCUCCCCCAGCAAGCACGCAGGGUUGACCCUUUGCCACUGAAUUAGAAUUUGGGUCCCCAGGCAGGGCUUGGAAUGAGGUGUGCCUCACAACCUCCGAACUCAAGCUGGCUGCUGAAACUGACAUUUCGUCGGAAACAACCAGGUUUUGAAGGAUUGGAAGCCAUUAAUAGAUAUUUGAAUGCCAUAGUUUUGAACGUGGGUUCCACCCACUCCCUCCCAAAAUGUCAAAUCCUUUUUCCUUUCUUUUUCUUUUUCUUUUUUCUUUUUGUGCCCCAAAGAGCUGACGCAAGCUCCUUCAUAUUAUUAUAUUUGUGUGUUUAAAAAAAACCGCAACGAGGACAAAAAUAUUUCUGUUUGAGAUGUAGUUUUUGACUGGAAAAUUGUACGGUUACUUUUAUGGCUUUUGGCCACUCAUCAAAACGAUGCUGAUAUUUUGCCUGAGAUAAAUGAGGUACAAAAUU